GCCUCGAGGACCACUUGCAGUUUGAUCAGUCGUCAUCUGGCGGGACCAUGAGGACGGUGUUUUUAUUCCCGCCUGUGCAUCGUCAAAUGCAUUGGAUUUACUGUCUUCACUGCUGGAUCAUCGUCAGCGCCAAAGUUGUGGCUGAAGACUGGACCACCGUUAACCCGGAGGACGAGCUUUUCAGGAGGCUGUUUGAGAGCUACAACAAAUUGAGUCGUCCUGUUCGAAACAGCAGCGAUGUGGUCAUAGUCAAGUUUGGAAUGUCCAUCGCGCAGCUCAUCGAUGUGGAUGAGAAAAAUCAGAUGAUGACAACUAAUGUGUGGAUGAAGCAGGUGACUAUUUUCUUUGGAUUUCAACAGGAAUCAUAUGGCGACCAUUUGUCAAAUAGCAACAAUGCAUUUCAGGAAUGGAUGGAUUAUAAACUUCAGUGGAAUCCAUCAGAUUUCGACAACUUGACUUCCAUUAGAGUUCCAUCCGAGCUCAUCUGGGUGCCGGACAUUGUGCUGUACAACAACGCUGAUGGAGAGUUUGCUGUCACACGCAUGACGAAGGCCCACCUGUUCCACACUGGGCAGGUCGUCUGGGUGCCGCCCGCCAUCUACAAGUCCUCCUGCUCCAUUGAUGUCACCUUCUUCCCCUUCGAUCAGCAGAGCUGCAAGAUGAAGUUCGGCUCAUGGUCCUUCGAUCGAUCCAAGAUUGAUCUGGAGCCUUAUGAGAACACUGUUGACUUCAUGCACUACUGGGAGAGCGGAGAGUGGGCGAUUGUGGAUGCAGUGGCCAACUAUAACACCAAGAAGUACGACUGCUGCCACGAUAUCUACCCUGACAUCACUUUCUACUUCAUCAUCCGCCGCCUGCCACUUUUCUACACCAUCAACCUCAUCAUUCCCUGCCUGCUCAUCUCCUGCCUGACCGUCCUGGUCUUCUAUCUCCCGUCUGACUGCGGCGAGAAGAUCACUCUGUGCAUCUCCGUGCUCCUGUCGCUGACCGUCUUCCUGCUGCUCAUCACCGAGAUCAUCCCAUCGACAUCGCUGGUCAUACCGCUGAUCGGGGAGUACCUCCUCUUCACCAUGAUCUUCGUCACCUUGUCGAUAGUCAUCACAGUGUUCGUGCUCAACGUGCAUCACAGGUCAUCUGCUACUCAUACCAUGCCCCCUUGGGUUCAGAAGCUGUUCCUGCAGGAGAUCCCACGUUGGCUGUGCAUGAAGAGGCCGCAUCACGGAGUCAGGGCUGCAAGGCGGCGCCGUCUGAAUAAAAAGCUCUUUCAAUUCCAUUCUGCUGCUUCCUGCCACAGCCCUUCCAUCUGGAACACAGAGGAGUCUCAUGUUGAGCUCAACCGUUUCAACAGUGACCAAGUCUGCUCCUGCAGUUGCCACCGUCACAGCUCAGCACGAGAUGAGGACACGCACAUCAACGCCGACAACAGGGAUGAUCCACUGAGCUUUGGGACGACAGGACGGUCAAGGAUUCCCCCUCAUCAGGUCCUCAGUCACUUGAGCUUGAAUAAGGAGCGCCCACCCCAGGAGGCAGGUUCCAGAAGGAGGCCCUCGGUGCUGGAGUUGCCCCGUGCCGUGGUGUCAGCACUUGAGGGAAUGACCUACAUCGCUGAACAUUUGAGGGCAGAAGAUUCAGACUCUUCGGUGAAGGAGGACUGGAAGUAUGUAGCUAUGGUUGUUGACCGGAUCUUCCUAUGGAUGUUCAUCAUAGUGUGUCUGUUGGGCACCAUCGGCCUUUUCCUGCCACCAUGGCUCUCUGGAAUGAUGUGAAAGAAAACACCUCGAGGCUGUAAACAGCAGCUGUUAAUCACAGUAAUAAAGAUUCAGAGCAGUGUCUGGUUUAAAUAUUGCUAAUUUCAAAGUGGGUGGUAUCUUCAGCUAAGUUGAAUGUGAAUCAUUUUGUGCUGCUGACUCCUUCACAAAAUGUUUAUUCAAGAGAACUAUGGGUAGGCUUAUUUUAUACCAAAACUGAGGAAGUAUACUUGUCUACUUUUGACAUUGUAUGUUUGAAAUGCUUAAAAGUAGCACACUGAGGUAGACUUAUACUCAAGUAUACUUAAUAAAGUUAACUACAAGUAUAUUUCUUUUUUUUAAGUAUAUUAUUGAGGCAAUUGAAAAGCAAUAGUGCAAAGGAUCAUGGAAGAGUAAAAAUGGAGGCAGGAAACAUUUGUCGUUAUUGUAAGAUUCUUUUGCUCUGUUAUUGUUUUGUUCUCAUUUGUUGAGUAGUGUUUUAAAUGAAUGACUAAAUAAUUGUUAGUCACUGUGGGUGUGACCUUCUGGCGUCAACCGUAGGUCCCAUGUAUUUUACUCCUUAGUAUUCGUUGUUGUUGUACAAGGGCAAUACACACGUUGCCAUCUGUGCACAGCAAGGUGGUGAAUGUGGUACUCAUUGGGAUGGUGUACAAGAUUCACAGAGAUUUUGACUAUAGUAUAGUGAUCAUUUGAAAUGUGGAUGAGAAGUAUAUGCUUAGUAAACUAGUAGUAUACUUCUUGAAUACUUGCUGAAUGCUUGAAAGUAUACUUGGUAAACUAAAAAUGUUCCAGUUUAGUCUGAAGAAGUAUAAGACUACUAUACUUUCUAGUAAACUACUGGUAUGUGGCUUGGAGUGUACUUGAAAGUGUACUUUUGUGAACUAAAAAGGUUUCAAUUUAGUACAGAGAAGUAUUAAAUUUGUAUACUUUUCGUAAACUAAACUAAAACUAC